AGAGGCGUGUCCCGCCCCCAGGACUCGGCCAAGUGUCUCGGAGCGGUUGUCACUGCACUCGUCACUUGGCUGCGGUCGCCGCGCCGCGCGGACAUGGCGCCACUGCUGCGCCUUCCCAGCCGCACUUGGUGGCGGCAACCAGACAAGUAGCGGGAUGUCUCUGAAGACCCCGACGCCGGGCGGCGGCGAGCGCGAGACAUGGGGGAAGAAGGUGGACUUCCUGCUCUCCGUCAUCGGCUUCGCCGUCGACCUCGCCAACGUGUGGCGCUUCCCCUACCUCUGCUACAAGAAUGGAGGGGGGGCUUUCCUGGUGCCAUACUGCAUCAUGUUGGUGGUGGGCGGUAUACCGCUGUUCUACAUGGAGCUGGCGCUGGGGCAGUUCCAUCGCAAGGGCGCCAUUACCUGCUGGGGGAGGCUGGUGCCGUUAUUUAAAGGGAUCGGGUACGCGGUGGUGCUGAUAGCAUUUUAUGUUGACUUCUACUACAACGUGAUCAUCGCUUGGGCUCUUCGGUUCUUCUUCGCUUCCUUCACUACCAUGCUGCCGUGGACGAACUGUAACAAUGAUUGGAACACCGAAGCUUGCCAACCGUUCGAAGCUAACUGGACGUCGGUAAACGCAAACAAAUCAACACGCCACAACUCGUCUGUAGCCAACACCCCCGCACAAACACAAUUCACAUCUGCUGCUUCCGAAUACUUUAACCGCGCAAUUCUAGAACUUCAUAGGAGCGAAGGGUUGCAUGAUUUGGGCGCCAUCAAAUGGGAUAUGGCUCUUUGUCUGUUCACGGUCUACAUCAUUUGCUAUUUCUCGCUAUGGAAGGGAAUUAGCACGUCUGGGAAAGUCGUCUGGUUCACCGCUCUGUUUCCUUACGCUGUUCUUCUAAUCCUUUUGGUGCGUGGUAUCACAUUACCCGGCUCUGCUACUGGAAUUGAAUACUACCUGAGUCCUAAUUUCGAAGCUAUUUCACAACCGCAGGUGUGGGUCGAUGCAGCAACGCAAGUCUUUUUUUCAUUAGGACCAGGAUUCGGCGUUCUUUUGGCUUACGCUUCGUAUAAUAAAUACCACAACAACGUUUACAAAGACGCCAUUUUAACCAGUGUCAUCAAUUCCUGCACAUCUUUCGUGGCGGGUUUCGUCAUCUUCAGUGUUCUCGGCUACAUGGCGCACGCCUCUGGCAGAGAUGUUCAAGAUGUGGCUACGGAAGGUCCAGGACUAGUGUUUAUUGUGUACCCAGCUGCGAUCGCCACGAUGCCAGGUUCUACUUUUUGGGCGUUGAUAUUCUUCAUGAUGCUACUGACUUUGGGCUUGGACAGUUCUUUUGGCGGUUCAGAAGCAAUAAUAACGGCACUCAGCGACGAAUUCCCUCCGAUAGGGCGGCACCGCGAGUUUUUUGUUGCAUGUCUCUUCACUUUGUACUUCAUCGUCGGGCUUGCGUCGUGCACCACUGGCGGCUUCUACUUCUUCCAACUGUUGGACAGAUACGCAGCAGGGUAUUCUAUACUUGUGGCAGUGUUUUUCGAGGCAAUCGCGGUUUCCUGGAUUUAUGGUACGGAAAGAUUCUGCGAAGACAUCAAGGACAUGAUCGGCUUCCGACCUGGCCUGUACUGGAGGAUCUGCUGGCGAUUUGUUGCUCCUGCCUUUCUCCUCUUCAUCAUCGCCUACGGUCUAUUGGACUACGAGCCUUUGCAAUACGAAGACUACGUGUAUCCUGGUUGGGCUAACGCUCUGGGCUGGCUCAUCGCUGGGUCUAGUGUCAUCUGUAUACCGACGGUUGCUAUUUACAAGAUUAUCACUACGAAGGGAACCUUCUUUGAGCGUCUCCAUAUCCUGACAACGCCAUACGCUGACACGCACAGUACAGUCCACAACGGGAUGGUAGUGUCGGAGAGCGGGGGGGUGAGGUUGGCGUCUGCGGUGACGACGCCGGGGACGCCGCCCGCCCCCACCGCCCCUGCCGCUCCGCACGGACAGCCUGCGCUUGUGUGAGCGACGCUCUCCUUUGACGUCUAUUACGUGUAAUCAUAGAGGGAGUAUCUCUAUGUAUACUCCCUCUACGCGUGUAAUAGACGUACGCUCGGGACAAUUGUACGAGUAUAGCGCCUUAAGACGACUAGCACAGUACAGUCCACAAAAGAAGGUGGGAUGUUGAAGAAGGUGGGAUGUUGGCGUCUGCCGUAAUGACGCCCGCCCCCGUCGCCCUCCUGCCUGCGCUUGUGUGGGCGACGAUCUUCUUUGACAUCUUUUACGUGUAAUGCCGCAGCCAGACACUAUCCGAGUAGCGUAGGAAGUAGCGAGGGAAAUAGGCAGGGAAGUUUAGGCCAGAUUUCUCGUCCUGCCGCAUUUCAUGCCGCUCAAAUGUGUGGACAAACAGGGCAAUAUCGCGGCAGUACGAGCAUUGUGUGGUUGCGGCUUAAUAGACGAACGCUCGGAACAAUUGUACGAGUGUCAAUGUGUAAAUAAUUAGUAAUAGUCCGACUAGAAAAGUAAAAAUACCUUGACAUUUUGCGGAAAACGAAGAAACUAUUUUCUUCUACUAGAAUACAGGUUAUAUUUUAGGCCAGGCUAUGCAUACAACGAAAUAAAAAAAAACCUGGCUUGGGGCGACACAAGUAUUUUUAGCCGUCUUUUUAGCAUAUCUACCUACUUAGUAUGCUAAUUGACGAAGAAAUAUUUUUUUUAAAUGGCGAGGAUUUUUAUUUUUCUGGUCAGGCUACACAAAAGAAAUGCUCGACAGUGAAUAAUAGUAUUCUGAGUUAAAUAAUUAGUUUUGUAGAGCGUUAACGACAAAACAGUGGUAUGAGCCAUGUAAGAAUUAUACUGUUUUUACCAGUGGACAUGAAUUGUAAUAAUAUGAUUUUUAAUAAACAAUAAUGACGUUUUUAUAUUAUACAAAUUCUCUGUCUCUAUAAAGCUCAUUAAUAUACUAAUAAAUUUUGUAAUUAUUAAUAUCAUAACAUUCACUGUCGGGGUCUAUCCAUUCGCGGCCGGCGUCUUUGGACGAUAUAAAAAAAACAUACUAAUCGCGAGGAUACGAUUUAUUUUGACAUAAGACAAUUUGUCUUUAGCAUAAGAAAUAUAGUAUAAAUCUGUAGAACAUGAUGCAUGCAAGGCUUAUCUGUCACGAUUCAUAGAGAGAACUCGUCAAAGUGUUAGCGAAUGUUAAAAAUUAAGCGUAAAAAUUCGAGUUAUUAUUACUUUUCGGCAUUUUUAAUGAAUGCCGUGUCUUAGGAAAUAAGUAAAGUCAUAACCGUAGGUAAGCUCGAUUUUGACAGUUAACAUCGAGUCUGCUGAUUGAGUAUUAAUUUCAACUGUAAAAAUUAAAGCUGUUGAUUUUGAGUAGGUAUGAAUAAAUACUCAUAGAAGUUAAUUAAUAGUGUUUCCUUGUAGAGCAUUAAGUAAAUGUUUCUGAAUUAUUCAAAUAAUAUAUUCAUCGUGUAUAAAAAGUAGAAAAACUUUGCUAUUUAACGACGCUUUCAAAAGCUAUUAGUUCCGAGUAGUUUUAGAUAUAAGUAUACCUACUUAAUACAAUACCUAAUGAAAGUUAUCGUUACUUACAUGGUUAUGAUAAUUAAACAUAAUAUUAUAAUAAUUAAUUAUCUCAGUAUUUAUAUUCAUAUUUAAUAAGCACUGGAAAAAAAUGGAUAAUAAUUAACCACUUUUUAUUUCUUUUUUCAGCUUUCAGAAAGUAUUUACUUAGGAAUUUACAUAAAUGUACCUAAUCACAAAAAUACUCUUAAUACGAGAUUUUUUUUAAUUAAAGUAAAUAUCUACUACAUAUUUAGUAAAUAAUAUUUCUUAUCUAAGUCCUAUAAAUCUUGUUAGUAAUCUAUUUAAUUAUUUAUAUUAUGGUAAAAUUUAAGAAUAAACAUCAGAGCCUUUAUGGUUUAUUUAAUAAAAUUUUUAAUAGUUCACAAAACUAAUAAAUAAAUAUUAUACAUUUUCUGAUAAUAGGGAUAAAAAUUAUUAAAAAUAUUAACUAGAUAAAUUGUGACGCAUUUUAAAUGUUUGCAAUUGUAUACUUUUUAAAUUAUUUCCUUCAUAUUUUAGAAUUAGUUAAGUAAGUUUGUAAAUUUCGUAUUUCAGCAAACCGUCGUUGUUUAAGUAGAUAAUAUUAUAGUUACGCCUAAUAAUAAUAACUUUGCAUGCACAAGUCAAAAUAGACUUGAGAAUAAAGGCCGAAAAUUGAAUUUCUACACCUGGUUUAAUAAAAUUCGUAUAAGUUUAAGUACAAUUUUGUAGUACAUACCAGAAACUUCAAAAACUUGGUCUUGUAUUUUUAAAUAAGUUUUUUUUGACUGUGCUUAUGCAAGGUGUUGGCGAUUGGCCAAAGCGCAAAAGGUUGAAGCUGGAACAAUUAGUCUAAUUUAUGAGACGCUACACAGAAUCCUGAACAAUAUAAUAUUGUUAUGAAUUUUUGUCUUAUUCGUAGAUGUAGUUUACCGUAAUUAUUUUGAUCCUAUAACUAAAUAUAAUUUUUAUACAACUAACACUCGUCUACAUUUCUUAUUAUAUGUCGUUAAAAUGCGGUAAGUGUAUCGAAUGCUUUAGAUCUGUAGUUAUGUAGACUAUAGAUGUUAGUCGUCACUAUGAUAUACAUAUUAUAUAAUAAUUAUUACUCAUUAUUAAAAAUUGGUUUCAAUUUUACAAAUAUGUAUGUACCUACCUAGUUGAAAAUAUUCCGUAUAACACGAACAUUACGAUGGAACGGUAAUAUUAUUUAAAAAAAUAUUAUCUAAGUUGCAGAAGUAUAUUUCAAUGUACCUGUUGAAAAUUGUAAUGUGUGUGACUACGGAAUUAGUCUAAGACUACUUGACAAAAUAAAUAUUCAAAUAUCUAAUACUUUCUAAAUAAUGUUUAAAACGUCGAUAGAAUCGACAAUUUUGUUUUCAAGAAAAUGCUGUGUAGAUAAUAGAAAAGUAGAAAAUAAGUUAGGAUGUUUAAUCGGUGUAAAAAUAAUAAAGUUCAUAUACCCACAUAAGAAAUAAUAGUUAAAUUUAUUUACACAUAAAUAAAUUUAAAAGCUAAUAGUUAAGUCCAAAUAUUAAUAAUGAAUUUUCGAUAUUUAUAAAAUAUAACGAAUGCAUUUAUCCAUAAUAGCAUUUAACAAUGUAAUAUUAUCAAUUUAUAAGUAUACUUAUAUGUACUCUUUUAAUCUCUAAAUGUUGUGACUGUUUAAAAAUUACAUUAGUGUAUAAGUGUGUUUUAGGUGCUCCAUUUUUUAAAAACAUUUUUUGUUUUGAUUUUCAAGUAAUAAGUUUGUUACUAUCCAUCACUCCGGUAUGGGCAAUACGGAUUGAUGAAUUGUACACAUUUAAAAUGACUUAUAAUUAAAAUUUUAGACACCAGAGAAAUAUAAUUAUAUAAAUAUGGAUGGUUAAUGGUUUACACGACAAUCUUACUUAAACUAUAAUAUCAUUACUGCUAAGUGAUUACUACGGAUACUAAUAUCUUUUUUCAUUAGUAGCAAUUCUUGUUCUUAGAAUUAUUCGUAGUUAAUUGCGCACGACAUUCGAGAAAUUCAACUAAAGUUUAAUUUUAUAUUUCAUUACUUAUAUCUCUUAAUAAUAAUAAUUAUUAUAAUAAUUAAUAAUAAUAGUUUGUUACAUACAAAUAGCUUGCUUUGUUAAGAUAAUCUGUCAAAAAUAAUAUUAUUUUAUCAACUGUCAAAUUUAAAGCUAAUUACUAAAUCGAAUGUCAAAACCAAGGCUACGAUUGUGUGUUGCGCAAUUAAAAUUAAAGUUAGAUAAACUAGAAUCCAGUAUGAAGAUGGUGUAGUAUUGUUGUAACUCUAUGCUUAAUCUAGAUAAUUCAAAAAUAUUUUAUUGUAACUUUCUCUUUGCAAUAAUGAAUGUAUUUUGCUUAUUAAUUAAUAUGACAUAUAUCCGAUAUUCGUAGCUGUUAUAAUGUUAACAGAUCAAUAGUCAUACCAGCCAUUAUGACUAUUGAUUUAUAGAAUAAAAUUUAUACGUAACA